UUCCCUUCGUAUUAUCGGAAUUUUUAUUUCAAGACAUUUAGGAGAAUGCACUUGAUGACAAUGUUAAGGCUAUUUUUCAUUCCAACAAGAAUAUAUCAAACUAGUUCAUGGAUGACAUUGUUGUCACGCCUAAGCAACAGGUAUAGGGCUUUUAAUCCACAUACUUUUUUGGUUGAAAAGUUGUUCACUAUUUGUUUUUACUAUUUUCACUAUUUUUCAUUAUUGGUUUUCACUAUUUUGUCCCACAGUGACUCUAUUUGGCUGGAACCAAAAAGGCCUCACGCUUGCAAGAGUGAUAAACCAAUGUGUCACGCCUGGAGGUGUCAGAAACGGUCUGACCCACACGAAGAAUUUGACGCAUGCUUCCUGCUCACCUAGUAGGCGGUCGCCGUUGAACAGAUUCUCGAAGCG